AUGAAUGACAAGCGCCAAAGUGGAAAUUCGACCAACUCGAAUACAUUCGGAGGGACAAACGAUCCUGAAACUAGAUCACAACAAGCACAAGAAAUCUCGAUUAGUAAUUCAAAUGUAAUAAACGUAUGGGAAAAACAACCACGAGCAGAAUCGUCGAUGUCUUCAUCUUCAAUAGUUGUCAAUGUUAAUGCAAUCGAGUUUGAUCCAAAUUCGAAUACGAAUGCGUUAUUGAUGCAACGUCCUAUAGUGCCAUCACAAGCAGAACAUAAUAAUUCAUCUUCUUCCUUGUUACCUUGCUCUCUAACUAAUGUCCCUGCUAGAACUCGCCCAUUAUACGCAGGAGGCAGCAAUAAUUUAUCGAAUUCUUUGCCGCCUUCAUCUUCUAUUGCUUCAUCUUCAUCUCAAAGAAGAAUGAAUCAAUUGUCAACGUAUUCACGAAAUAUUGGCGGCUCGCAUAAUCAAAGGACGCGUUAUUCAGUAUCAGGUCAUCAACAAAUGACUCCCACUCUGCCAUCGCCAAUAUUGCCAGGACUUGGGAUUGUUUAUUCGGCGAGCGGAUUUGACGUGAUUGGACUGUUGGCUCGUGUAGCAACAAGACCAAAUCCACAAAUAAAUCUCGGUCCAGUUGACUUAGAAUGCUCACUAAUAAUAGUCGAUGCGCGUAUAUACGACUAUCCCGUCAUAUAUGCUAAUAACCAGUUCGAGCGUCUAACCGGUUACCCAAUAUCAGAAAUAAUUGGUCGAAAUUGUCGAUUUCUACAAGCACCCGAUGGCCGAGUCACGCAUGGAUCUAAGCGAGAAUUUACUGAUCCGAAUGCCGUGCAUCAUAUGAGAAAUCAAAUAAAUUCCGGUCGUGAGUGUCAGACUAAGUUUAUAAAUUAUCGAAAAGGCGGAGAGCCGUUUCUUAAUUGUGUCACCGUGAUUCCGAUUACUUGGGACAGUGAAGAGAUUGCAUACUAUGUGGGGUUUGCUCGUGGCUUUGAAGUAAAAAACCCUUGA